AUGGCCGCCCCCACAGUUCCCUGGCUAAAAGACGACCCGAUGCCGACAUUGACGAUCCCUAAAAUCGAUGUAUCAUCGGCAAGCCGCACCUUAAUUCGGCCGAUCCCGUUCUUUCACAAUAUCUACUCUAAUUUAGAAAUUAAGAUCAUGAAUUCGCUACUUGGUAUAAAACCUGAUGGAAGAGCAUAUAUGUCCUACUGCUACGGUGCUGUUCAUCGAUUUCCACACUAA